AUGGCUUCAGGCAACGAUACACUAUCACAGCGCGGUGCUGUGUACGCGACUCCGCCGAACCCCAUGGGCAAUUAUAGGGAGCUCCCUUAUGAUACCUACGACCCCGAGACCAACCCUACUGGCUUCAUCAAUAUCGGCACCUCUGACAAUGUUCAUGCUAUGUCUUCUGAAGUGUCUGCUCACUUGGACACCAACCCCCUCAAACUACGCCCAUCCGAAUUUAUGUAUGGCGAGGGCCCUGCUGGAUCUUUGCGCUUGCGAAAGGCUAUGGCUCAGUAUAUGAAUAAAUACUUUAAACCAUACAAGGCUGUGAAUCAAGAUGAUCUCUACUUCGCCAACGGUUGCGGCUCUGUCUGCGAAGCUUUGGGCUAUACCAUCUUCGAUGAACAUGAUGCUCUGCUCAUCUCGCAACCCAGUUAUGUUGGAUUCCCUCACGAUUUUGGCGCCAAAUCCAAGGUCAACCUCUACCACGUUCCAUUUCAUGGAACCGACCAAUUUUCGCCAUCUUGCAUCGACAAGUUCGAAGCCGCUCUCAACUCUGCUACCACAUCCAGCAUCAGAGUCCGCGCUGUGAUGCUCUGCAACCCACAUAAUCCCUCGGGGCGCUGCUAUCCCAUCGACACCAUCAUCGCCCUCAUGCGCUUCUGCAACAAGCAUCGACUCCACCUCAUCUCGGAUGAGAUCUAUGCUACCUCGGUUUACAGCCCUGGGCCCCGCUUUGAACCGCACACUCCGUUCACCUCCGUGCUCAGCAUUGACUAUGCCCAGCAUAUUGAUCCGAAUUUGCUGCACGUCAUGUACGGGCUGAGCAAAGACUUUGCAGCGAGCGGCAUCCGAAUUGGUUGUCUGCUUGUGCGAAACCGUGCUCUGAUGGACGCUCUGCUCGCGGUCAGCCAGUCACACUGGCCCGGUAUUGCGGACCAGAUGAUCGGCGUUGCAAUGUUGGAGGAUGGAGAGUGGCUGGAGCGUUUCAGAAAGCUGAAUGCUCAGACGUUGGCUGAACGCAGUGCGCUCUUGAGGAAGAGUCUCGAUGAGAAAGGAAUCCCUUAUGAUGGGCGUGCCAAUGCCGGCUUCUUUCUAUGGGUGGAUAUGCGAAAGUGGUUGCCGAAGACUGAUGAGAAGGGGCAAAGUGUGCAAGGGUGGGAGAGCGAGAGGGUGCUGGUGAGAUUAUUGAAGGCGAAGAAAGUAAUUUUGACGGCGGGCGAGGACCAGGCGGCAGAGGAACCGGGUUUUUUCCGCGUCGUUUUUAGCCACAGGGAACAGGUGCUGGAGCAAGGCUUGCAGAGAGUGUUCAAGGUGCUUGAUGAAAUUUCUAGCGAGCAGGUCUGA